AUGAGAAUUCUUAUCUUUUUUCUUGAUAUUUCAGUAUUCAAAGACAACGAUGGAUUGUUAAAGACUGGGAUGAAUCGUGCAGUGCAGACAAAAGUUACCUACCUACCAGAUGGUGCUGUAGUCAUUGUCUUCCCUACUAACCUGACAGUUGCCCUGGAGACGCGCGGCCAUCCAAUUCUGGAAAGCAAACAUCGGAUGCACUUCAAGAGGAAAGUGAUAAUACCAAAUCUUUAUGUCCACCGUCUGGAGUGGCGUUUCUAUCUGGAACGUUCUGGGCGUCAAAAACAAAACCGCCUGAUCGAACGGAUCGGUCGUCGGAUGAGGCUUGUUCUUUAUCUCUCUACAUAUAAAUGCAUCUACGUCUGUUCAUAUCUAUCUACAUACCUAACCUUUGUAUCUAACUGUUUCUAUCUAUCUAUCUAUCUAUCUAUCUAUCUAUCUAUCAGUUCAUAUCUAUCUAUCUCCCCUCUGUUCAUAUCUAUCUCCCCUCCGGUUGUAUCUAUCUAUCUAUCUAUCCUCCAUUCGUAUCUAUUCCCCUCUGAUCAUAUCUAUCUCCCCUCCGAUCGUAUCUAUCUAUCUAUCUCCCCUCUAAUCAUAUCUAUCUAUCUCCCCUCUAAUCAUAUCUAUCUAUCUCCCCUCUGUUCAUAUUUAUCUCCCCUCUGUUUGUAUCUAUUUUCCCUCCAUUCGUAUCUAUUCCCCUCUGUUCAUAUCUAUCUAUCUAUCUCCCCUCUGUUCAUAUUUAUCUCCCCUCUGUUCGUAUCUAUCUAUCUCCCCUCUGUUCAUAUCUAUUUAUCUCCCCUCUGUUCGUAUCUAUCUAUCUUCCAUUCGUAUCUAUCUCCCCUCCGAUCGUAUCUAUCUAUCUCCCCUCCGAUCGUAUCUAUCUAUCUCCCCUCCGAUCAUAUCUAUCUAUCUCCCUUGUGUUCGUAUCUAUCUGUCUCCCCUCUGUUCAUAUCUUUCUUCCCUCCAUUUUUAUCUAUUUCCCUCUGUUCGUAUCUGUCUAUCUCCCCUCCGAUCGUAUCUGUUUUUCUCCCUCCGAUCAUAUCUAUCUAUCUCCCCUGUGUUUUAUCUAUUCCCCUCUGUUCGUAUCUAUCUAUCUCCCCUCUGUUUGUAUAUGUCUAUCUAUUUAUAUCUCUUAAUCUGUCACUUCCUUUUUCAUCUAUAAAUCACUCUUCACUGUUCAUCUCUCUUCAUAUCUAUAUUCACCUUAACUUCUUUGCAACUUUCCUUCUAUCUUAUUCUCUUCAUAUCUACCUGUCUAGUUUAUACGUUUUUUUGUUGAAAUUUAUAAAAUCUUUCUCCCCUCCGAUUGUAUCUAUCUAUCUCCCCUCUGUUCGUAUCUAUCUAUCUACCGUCUGUUUGUAUCUAUCUUCCCUCCAUUCGUAUCUAUUUCCCCUCUGUUCAUAUUAA